ACUUCUAGUGACUUGACUCUGUUUGUGGGGCUGGGGAGACACCCAUGCUGGUUGAAAGUAAGGAGGUAAUGGAGGGCCUUUGAAACAGGACAUUCAAUGAAAUAAGAGGGCUGACUACCUCCAGACAAAAUUGAGUUUGAAAUAACUGCCACCACAAAGACUGACACGCAUUGGGACAGAGGUCAUAAUAAAGAAGUUUUUUUAAAGCUGGAAGCAUUACUAUUUUCCCCAGCCUAAGAUGUUGGUUGCCAUCGUAUAAAUCCCCCUUUCUAAUGAAAAAAAAAAAUGACAUUUCAGAACCAAAUAGUGCUAUACACAUGCAUAGUCAGAACUUCACUGGUUUAUGUGCAGAGUAAUGAAAGCUAGUUUCUCCAGAAAAGUCGAUUUCAAAUUGUGUCUCCUGUCUGACUGUAUUCUUUUAUCAUCCUCUAGUCCACCCACAAAUGAAUUGACAACAGCAAACCCAGAGGCACGUAUCAAUGAAAGUCCCUAUCCGAAUGAACUGGCGGCAGUCAUUAUUGAUCGACCCACUGAUGACAGUCUACCCACGAAUGAAUUGACAACAGCAAACCCAGAGGCACGUAUCAAUGAAAGUCCCCAUCCUGUUGACUUGGUGGAAGUCAUCAUUGAUAGAGACACCGAAGACAUUCCCCACACAAGUGAACUGACAGGAGGAACCAAGGAGGCAUGUAUCUACAAAAGUCUUAGGCACAGGCUGUGAGCAUUGUCUUAGGAUUCAUGCCUCUUGGGGUGAAAUUUGAGUCCUGUGUUGGAGGCUUCAGUAUGACAGAAACUUCCUGAAGGCUUCUGUGGGACAAAAAAUUGUUCCUCAUCAGCUACCUUGUCUUCAGCCGUAAGCAGCAAGAUUAAGAAAAUUGUUCAUUCAAUUGUGUCAUCCUUUGCAGUUGGGCAUGUGAGACAUAGAAAACACCAUGUAUUAAAUAUACCUGAGACUUAAUGCAUAAAAAACACCACAUAUUAAAUAUAUCUGAGACUUGGCCAGGUGCGGUAGCUCACGCCUGUAAUCCCAGAACUCUGGGAGGCCAAGGCAGGUGGAUCACCUGAGGUCAGCAGUUCAAGACCAGCCUGGCUAACACGGUGAAACCCCGUCUCUAUUAAAAAUAAAAAAAUUAGCCAGGCAUGAUGGCGAGUGCCUGCAAUGCCAUCUGCUCGGGAGGCCUAGGUGGAAGAAUCGCUUGAACCUGGGAGGCGGAGAUUGGAGUGAGCUGAGAUCACACUAUUGCACUGCAGCCCGGGUGACAGAGUGAGAUAUAUGUAUAUGAGAAGACUGAAAUAAAAAACAAAACCAAAAAGCAUUUCCUGUCCAUCAGUUUCUAAGUAGCCAUGUGCCCCAUCUAAUGUAAUCUAAUUUAUCAUGGAAAUUUGGUUUAAGCUGGACUUUAAGACUUGCAAAGAAACGGCUUUUGUAUAAGAUUAAUAGUAACAUAUUAAUAUUAUUUUUCUUCCAUCUGCACAAGUAAAGUUAAUGAAAAUCGAAUGUUAAAAUUCUAUAAUUAUAAGUAAAGUGUUUUAUUAAGUACCUUAUACAUCUAGAAUUACUCUUUAAUUCUGGAAACAAUGUACUUAGACUCUUCCCUACGUAAGAGUAAGAUUUCAUACUAUGAUAUAGAUUUACGCAAUAUGAUAUAGAUUUACGCAAUAUAAUUGUUACCUUUUGAAUUAGUGAUAUUUUAACUUGAGCUGCAACUUUUUGAAAAGUACUUUGAAGACGAAUUCAUCUUAUAGAUUAAGCAAAUAGUAUAAUCAAUUUAUGGGGAAUGUAUUUAGAAUAUGUAACAGCAAGUUUCAGGAGGUACUUUAGAGUUCAAUACUAUAAAUAUUUAUGGAAUUGAAUUCUUUCUAAUGUACCCAUCACUGUACUAGAAUCGCCCAUAAAUAUGUAAUCAUGUACUUGCUGAAAAUGUCACUGACAAAAAAGUCUUGGUCUUUUAAGAGCUUAUGUUACUCAUGCUUUCAUUUGGUUUUUAUUAAUAAAUUCUUAAGAAUUAUCCAGAUUAAUAAGAUUUUAUUUUUUAUGAGAAAUGGGUGUAAACUUCUUAUGAAAUUCUCAAAUUUUAAGAAGAGUUUACAAACAGACACAGGCAAUUUUAGUUCAGUUUCACUUUUCUCUCUUGAG